AUGAUGUCUUCGACGCACGCUUAUGCACACCAUCAAUACAACCACCAGGGCGACUCCAGCUGGAUGCACCACCAGCCGUCGCACCACCAGCCGGGUCAUGUGUCUGUCGCUCAACAACAGCAGCAGCAACAGCAGCAGCAACAACAACAACAGCAGCAGCAGCAGCAGCAGCAGCAGCAGCAAUCGCACUUCAACCGUAUGGCUGGCAAUCAUUCUACUGGCGGCGCCGGUGGCAACAUGGGAGGUGCUCAUGCCCAGGAUGCCGGUCACGAGAACAUGUCGGAGGAUAAUCGGCGCACAAUGGCAUAUAUUGCGGACUUAUUAAGUGAGACCACGAGGGAGGCGGCUCUGCUGGAGCUGAGCAAGAAGAGAGAACAGGUCCCCGAACUAGCUCUCAUCUUGUGGCACUCGUUCGGCGUCAUGACGUCUCUCCUGCAGGAAAUCAUAUCCGUCUACACUCUUCUGAGCCCGUCGCAACUUACCGCUGCUGCUUCAAAUCGCGUUUGCAAUGCUCUGGCACUCCUCCAGUGCGUUGCGUCGCAUAACGAUACCCGGACCCUGUUUCUUAACGCGCAUAUCCCUCUGUUCCUGUACCCAUUUCUAAACACAACGUCCAAGUCCCGGCCGUUUGAAUACCUGCGACUCACUUCCCUGGGGGUUAUUGGUGCCCUGGUCAAGAACGACUCUUCAGAUGUCAUCAAUUUUCUCCUCACCACCGAGAUCAUCCCCCUGUGCCUUCGGAUCAUGGAGACCGGCUCAGAGCUUAGCAAGACUGUUGCCAUUUUCAUCGUUCAGAAGAUCCUGUUGGACGACAAUGGUCUCAACUACAUCUGCGCCACCUAUGAGCGCUUCUAUGCCGUGGGCACUGUCCUCAGCAACAUGGUUGCUCAGCUUGUCGAGUCUCAGACUGCGCGCCUCCUCAAGCACGUCGUUCGAUGCUUCCUCAGACUCAGCGACAAUGCCCGAGCCCGGGAGGCUCUCCGUCAGUGCCUACCAGAGCCCCUUCGAGACGCCACCUUUUCGUCUGUCUUGAGAGACGACGCCGCGACCAAGCGGUGCCUUGCCCAGCUCCUCAUCAAUUUGUCCGACAAUGUCGUGGACAACUCGCAAGCCGUGUCCAACAUGUGA